AUGGACACAGCGGAGGCGGCGAUAUUCACCAGACCUGGAGGCGGAGUCUUCAGAGGCACUCUACCCGACCCUGGACUGAGCAGCGCGGUACCAGUACCGGACCUCGACGAUGCUGACGACGAACUUGCAGCUCUACAGCUUAUGGUCACCAGUCAGGAUCUGCCAUUCGGCUGGGAGUUCGACGGCGCGGAUGCAAAGCUCAGCGACAUUUUCGUGGACAUCAGCACGAGGAACAUGACGCCCCACGAGCGCGCGGCGUUCAUGCAGGGCAAGCGGAAGGAGCUGACGGAGUUCUUCGGCAAUGACGUCUGGGAGUUUCACCAGCCCACCGGGGAGGAGGACCCUCGGCGGAUACUCAAGGCUAAGUGGGUGCUCAAGUGGACAAAGAACGACGACGGCACACCACGUGCCAAGGUGCCCAAAGACGCGGCAGAACUCAUGGGCAUCGAGCCGAAUACUCUUAUGAAGCUCAUUAGGCCACUGUACGGCCAGGUGGACGCACCGAGGCGUUGGUGGCUACGUGCGGUGGACGACUUCAAGGCCAGCGGUCUCAAGCAGCAUCCUUUGGACCCCUGCGCGUUUCUCAGUUUCGAUGAGGACGGCAAUAAUGACGGGUUCAUUCUACUCUAUGUGGACGACAUGCUGGGAGGUGGAGAUCGGCGGCCGUGCAGCAGUUAUAGUCGAGCUAUCACCGAGGUAAAACGAAGGUUCAAGUUCAGGAAGUGGAUCGAAGACGACAAGAUGGACUACUGCGGCAGCGACUUGACGCAGACCCCGCACUGGGAGAACCCGAAGUCGAACAGCAGCGAGAUUGAAGUGAAGAUGGCGACCUACGCGAAGAACCUGAAGCCCAUCACGAUCGACCAGAAGAGCAGCGACAACACGAGGGAGCCCACUAUCAAGGAGAAGCGGCAGCUACCCCUGAUUUACGACGGCGUGGACAUCACGAAGGACGAAAGCACCCACAUGGCGGGUGAGUCAGCAUUAGUCGUGGACGCAAAGGCGCUCUACGACGCGGCCCAAAAGGAGAGCAUCAUCAGCUUCCAGGACAAGCGGACCGGCAUCGAGGUGCUAGCGCUGCGUGAGAGGAUGGAGGCUACAAUGACACGCUGGAGGUGGGUAUCUUCAGAGAGGCAAUACGCGGACGGGCUCACAAAGAUCGCGGCGAGACAGCUUCUCGCCGACCGUCUGCGAUAUGGCAGACUACAGCUCAAGCAUGACCCGAACUACACGGCGGCGAAGAAGAAGACCAAGGAAGAGCGACAGGAAAGCAUAGACCAGACCAGGCCGGUGACAUCGGCGGCAACGCGGAAGGCAACGACACCGUUCAUGCAGUUGGCAAUGUUCGCAACUAGUUGUUGCAGAUCGGCGGCUCACACGGGGUACGACACGAAGAACGAGAACGACUGCUAUGGUAUUUUGGUUUGGUUUGCCAUGUUCUUCAUAUUUCUUGGAUUAUGUGGAGCCUAUCCUGUUGCAUCCUACCUGAUCAAGAUCAAGGAGGCCGAGUACAAGUACAAGACUGAGUUGGCAGUUCUACGGGCGAAGAUCGAAAAGGAGAAGAUCGAGAAG